CCACAUAAAUAUGCACUAUGAAAUUACAUAUGUACAGGCGCAUGUCACUUAUUUACGGGGCUAUAAAAAUAUGUACAACCACUUUCAUAUAGGCUUACAUAAAGCACAAUGUUAAAAAUGGUGACUUGAUUUUGCAGAAUUUUUACAAAUGAACUAUGCCUGAAAAAACACUGUGUGAACAUAGCUUUAGUCUCCAGUCCUUAUCUUACCUUUUCCAAACAUCUUCUAAGCUGAUCUAUGACUAAAUCAAAGCUGAAUUUUUAUUUCAUCAUAUGUAAGCUGCAAGUUCAUUCAGAAGGGGAAAUAGAGGAGCUGGAGACCAAACCAUAAGACAGCUUCUCUAAUGGCUUUCACACUGAGCAAACAAAAAUAGAGAAAAAAAAAUAUUUUUAUUUGCAGCAAAAUAAGUACAAUGCAAAAAUAAAAAGGCUUUUGAAGAUGCCCAUAGCCUUUAAGUUAUUCAGUGAUACCUAUGGGUUGGGAACCUACCUAUAAAAUAUAUAAAUUCAUAUAAAAUGGAUUACAUUAAAAAGAAUGGGGAAUUUGUGUACAAAAAAGUUAGUAGCACAGAUGUAAACUAAGAGCUCUCAUACAGGAAUAAGAAAACUAGAAUGGCACACAAAACGUGGCAGAGAAGCAAAAGCAUAAAAAGUCUUAAAAAAAAGAAAAACUGUGGACAGCAAGAAAAAAAAAAAAAGGUCACACACAUAAACUGUUAGUGUUGUUUUACAUUUUAAGUAUCCUCCAGUUCCUCUCAUUCCCUAGUUGGGUUCUUAUUUCGCAAGUAGAGCCCUCUUCUUGGGACUGGAAGGGGCUUUAUAUAUUCAGCAUGCUCUGAGAUCACUACCUGUUCUGCACCAGAGAGAAGUAGAUCUAGGUCCAUGUGUUUUAUCAGGGGCAGACAUGCCAGCCUGCCACCCUGCCCUGCUACUCCUUGUACUUAUGAAGAUCUAUGUCACUUUUGGUGCUACAGAGUGGACAUCUUGGUUUAAUGUAGAUCACCCAGAAGGUGAUGGAGAUUAUGAAACCGUAGAGGCCAUUCGCUUUUAUUAUCCACAGCGUUUAUGCUUUCGACCUAUUGCUCUUGAAGCUAGAACCACAGAAUGGGCCAGUCCAAAGGACACAAUGGAAGUUGUGCAUUCCAAUCCAGAGAAGGGCUUCUGGUGCAUUAACAAGGAGCAGCAAAGAGGACAUAAUUGUUCCAACUACCAUGUUAGGUUUCAGUGUCCACUUGAUUCCCUCUUUUGGUCCCAUUGGUCUCCAUGGAGUGCCUGCUCUCAGACAGCAUGUGGAGCAAAAGGCAUCCAGAUCAGACAACGUACCUGCAUCAAUGUGCAGCCUGCAAUGUCACUAAGCCUAGAAAAGUGUAAAGGAAAAGCCACCGAGCGAAGAGUGUGCAUCAAUCGGUUAUGCAUUCCAGGAAAAUGGUCUCCUUGGAGCACUUGGACACCCUGCACAAAAACCUGUGGGGGAGGGAAUAGUGUCCGACGUCGGACAUGUCCCAGUAAGGCAAUUCCACCAUGCUCUGGACGUUCUUUCCAUAUCCAGAAGUGCGGGACAUCUCCAUGUAGAGAAUCAUCAUGCCAUGAAUGCAUUUGUGCCAAUUACACUUUGGUGGGUAAAGUCCAAAGUACACAUGGGACUGUCCAGCGCAAUGCCAGUGUUUUUAUUAAUGGCACGAUCCGGGGUACAACUGAUCAGCAUGGCUGGUUCACAUUAAAAGGUGUCUGCAAAGAUGUAUACAGAAAUAUCACAGUGAUAAUGGAUGGAUUCUCUACUGGAACUUUACAAAGCUGGAAGAUUAAGCCUAAUAUGUCUUAUUAUAAGGCUGUUUUAAAAAGAUUAGAAAAACCAUAUAUUGUAGUACAUCCAUACUCCAAAAUUCGUAGAGAAGGACACAAGAUGACAUUAUGCUGUGAAGCUAUUGGAAAUCCAGUACCCUCUAAAUAUUACUGGUAUCACAACGGUACAUUAGUGGACAAAACCAAAAAUAAAUAUGGCAAAAGCCUAAUUUUGCAAAAUAUUAAAAAAAGACAGGCUGGUACAUACCAAUGCAAAGCAAGUAAUGGACUUGGGGUAAUCAAGUCUUCCAUAGCCUAUAUAACAGUCAUAGGGAAAGGUGAAUCUUACUGUGACAAGUCUCCUCGUGAACAUUUAAUCAAGCUACCAACUGACUGUUUCCAAUCUACAACUAACUCUAAUUCCUACAAUGUAGGCAAGUGUCCAAAUUCCCAAUGUGCUGGCCCUCUAAGCUCUGACCUUCAGUGCAAAGAUAAAAUAGAUUACUGCUGUGGAGUAAAGCGAAUGAAACUAAAAGAAAUUAAGUGUCCAGGGUAUGCUCUUCCAGUUAUGGUUGUUGUAGAGUGUGGAUGUGCCCAGUGCAGACAGCAUAAGGUUUUGGUGCGUGGACGGGUGACUGCAUAUGACACUGGGGAACCUCUUCCAUUCGGCCAGAUUUUUAUGAAUGGAGAAAAAAUGGGCUUCACAGGUUACAAAGGUGAGUUUACUUUGGAAGUGCCAGUUGGAACAAAGAGGUUGGUAGUUACAUUUGUAGAUCCUCAAGAGAAAUUUGUGGAUGCUAUAAAAAUCAUUCCAUUUGAUCCAAAAGGAAACACCAUUUUUCAGGAUAUAAAAAUUAUGAGAAAGAAAGAUCCAGUUAAUCUUGAACCUUCGGUGACAAAUAUAAUUCCUCUUGGAGAAGUGCUUGGUGAAGAUCCAGUUGGAGAGUUAGUAAUACCACCAAACUCUUUCACCAGGAUCACUGGAGAAUCAUAUAGUGGUACGGUCAAGGCCAGUUUAACUUUUUUGGACCCUAGAAACAUCAGCACAGCAUCUGCUGCAUCUAGUGAUCUUAAUUUUGUCAACAGAAAUGGAGAUCUCUCUCCACUUCGGACUUAUGGAAUGUUUGCUGUGGACUUCCGGGAGAAAGAUACUAAUUCAGUGCUUCAAACCGGAAAAGUGGAGGUGCGGCUGGAUACAGAACAAAUAAAGAUUCCACAGCAUCUGAAGGAAAUUAAACUCUGGUCUUUAAACCCACACACUGGACUAUGGGAGGAAGAAAGUAUGUUCCAUAUGGCAGGAGAAGGUAAGAGGAGAAAGAGAGAGGAAAGAUCAUUUCUAAUAGGACAGUUAGAAAUAAGAGAGAGAAGACUUUUUAACUUAGAUGUGCCAGAGUUUAGGAGAUGUUUUGUUAAGGUCCGUGCCUACAUGAGCGAGAAGUUUUUACCAAGUGAACAGGUAGAAGGAGUUGUGGUGACUCUUAUAAAUCUAGAACCUAUGCCAGGAUUCUCCUCUAACCCUAGAGCAUGGGGUAGAUUUGAUAGUGUAAUAACUGGAAGGAAUGGAGCUUGCCUUCCUGCUUUUUGUGAUGCUCAGCAGCCAGAUGCCUACACUGCAUAUGUCACUGCCACAAUGGGAGGUGAAGAGCUGGAAGCUGUUCCUUCUUACCCUAAAUUAAACCCGAAUGUAAUAGGAGUGUCCCAGCCUUAUUUAUCAAAGCUUAACUAUCAACGAACUGACCAUGAAGACUCUUCUGGCAAAAAGACAGCUUUCAGGUUCAAUAUUGCCAAGCCAAAUCCAAAUAAUUUUGAAGAGACAAGCGGCCCAAUAUAUGCUUACAGAAACGUGCAAGCCUGUGAAGAAGCACCAUUCUCUGACAAUCAUUUUCGAUUUUUUAGGGUAGAGGAAGACAAGUAUGAGUACAAUGUUGUCCCUUUUGUUGAAACAGACUUGACCUCAUGGAUUGGUGGUUAUCUGUCAUGGUGGCCGAAUCCACAAGAGUUUCGAGCCUGCUAUUUAAAGGUUCGGAUACAGGGUCAACAGGAUUAUAUGGUCCGGUCACGAAAUAUCGGAGGAAUGCAUAUAAACACUAUAGGUCAGCUCUAUGGACUGAGGGACAUCCGAAGUGUUAGGGAUAUGUCAGUGGAAGGCAAUUCUGCAGCCUGCGUAGAAUUCAAGUGUAGUGGAAAGCUUUAUGACCAAGAUUUACUAGAUCGCACUUUAGUGACAGUGAUUCCUCAAGGUAGUUGUCGUGUUGUUGAGGUAAACAGGCUUUUGGAAGACUACCUCAAACGCCAUCCACCACUGGCUUUUGGAAAUGAUACUGGAGCAUUUAAUAUGUUGGCUCCAGUUGAUCCCCUUGGACAUAACUAUGGAAUUUACACAGUCACUGACCAAAAUCCAAAGGUAGCAAAAGAAAUAGCUAUUGGUAGAUGUUUUGAUGGUACUUCUGAUGGGUUUUCUAGAGAAAUGAAAUCCCACGUGGGUGUUGCAUUGACAUUCCGUUGCCAAGAGAAACCAGUUACAAGAGAAAACUUCUUCCAACGUCUACUUAAUAACCCAGGUGAAACUCUCAGUGAGAUUAGACGUAGCAUGCAGGAAAAUGAACAAAGAGAGAGACCUUCACGUAUUGUACCUUAUCCAGCAUCUAGUUCUUUAUCUUCUAGACGUAGUGGGCAACCUUAUGGCAACCAAAGACAAUCUCGUCAGCCACAGAAACAAUGACAAAUUCAAUGUGGAGGAAUGGCUGAUUUAUUCACCAAAGGCAAAAUCUGAUUCAUUGCU